AAAUAAUGUCAGUAGUUAUUUAGAAUGAAACACUUAAAUUAACAAAUAAAAAUGAAUAAUUGGCAAUUAAUAUCUCUUUUGUUGAAAAUAUUCUAUUUGGUAUUUAAUGAAGCGAUACAAAAUUUAGAAGACGAUGUAAUAUACAAAUUUGAAAAUAAUACAAGACAAGCAGCUGCAAAUGGAGACUUGGAUUUUUUAAAACAAGCUUAUGUAAAUGGAUGUGAAUGGGAUGAAGAUACGACUAUUGAAGCUGCUGCAAAUGGUAAUUUGGAAUGUUUAAAGUAUGCUCAUGAAAAUGGAUGUCCGUGGGAUGCAAAUACAAUAGAAGCAGCAGCUUCUAAUGGUAAAUUAGAAUGUUUAAUAUAUGCCCAUGAAAAAGGGUGCCCCUGGAAUGAAGAUACAGCCAUUGAAGCUGCUGCAAAUGGCAAUCUAGAAUGUUUAAAAUAUGCCCAUGAAAAUGAGUGUCCGUGGAAUGAAAUCACAACAGUAGCAGCUGCUUUUAAUGGUAAGUUAAAAUGUUUAAAAUAUGCCAAUAAAAAUUGUUGCCCGUGGGAUGAACGCACGACAGAAGCAGCAGCGACUAAUGGUAAAUUAGAAUGUCUAAAAUAUGCCCAUGAAAAUAAAUGUCCGUGGAAUGAAAGAACAACAGAAGCAGCAGCAUCUAAUGGAAAGUUAGCAUGUUUAAUAUAUGCACAUGAAAAUAAAUGUCCCUGGGAUGAAAGCACAACAAAUUCAGCUGCUUAUAAUGGUGAAUUAGAAUGUUUAAUAUAUGCCCAUGAAAAUGGAUGUCCGUGGAAUGAAAACACAACAGAAGCAGCAGCUACUAAUGGUAAAUUAGAAUGUCUAAAAUAUGCCCAUGAAAAUAAAUGUCCGUGGAAUGAAAGAACAACAGAAGCAGCUGCAUAUAAUGGUAAAUUAGAAUGUCUAAAAUAUGCCCAUGAAAAUAAAUGUCCAUGGGAUGAAAGCACAACAGAAGCAGCAGCAUCUAAUGAUAAAUUAGAAUGUCUAAAAUAUGCCCAUGAAAAUAAUUGUCCCUGGGAUGAAAACACAACAGAAGCAGCAGCAUCUAAUGGUAAAAUUGAGUGUUUAAUAUAUGCUCAUGAAUAUGGGUGUAAAUGGAAUGAAGAUACGAUUAUUGAAGCUGCUUCUAAUGGUAAAUUAGAAUGUUUAAAAUAUGCCCAUGAAAAUGGAUGUCCGUGGACUGAAAGUACAACAGUAGCAGCUGCUUUUAAUGGUGAGUUAGAAUGUUUAAAAUAUGCCCAUGAAAAUGGAUGUCCAUGGGAUGAAAAUACAACUAAAGCAGCUGCUUCUAAUGGUAAGUUAGAAUGUUUAAAAUAUGCCCAUGAAAAUGGAUGUCCAUGGGACGAAUAUACGACUGGAAUUGCAGCAGAAAAUGGAAAUCUAGAAUGUUUAAUAUAUGCACAUAAAAAUGGAUGUAAAUGGAAUCAUAAUAUUACGAGAAUUGCUGUUCUAAUGGGUAAUCUAGACAUUUUAAAAUAUGCACAUAUUAAUAAAUAUGAAUGGAAUAAAGAUACGACUGUAAUAGCUGCUACACAUUGUUAUCUAGAAAUAUUAAAAUAUGCCCACGAAAAUGGAUGUCCUUGGGAUGAAAAUACAAUAGAAGCAGCUGCGUCUUAUGGUAGAUUAGAAUGCUUAAAAUAUGCCCAUGAAAAUGGAUGUCCGUGGAAUGAAAACACAACAGUAGCAGCAGCUUCUAAUGGUGAAUUAGAAUGUUUAAAAUAUGCUCAUGAAAAUGGAUGUCCAUGGGACAAAAACACAACAUUAGAAGCUGCUUCUUAUGGUAAAUUAGAAUGUUUAAAAUAUGCCCAUGAAAAUGGAUGUCCUUGGGAUGAAAACACAACAGUAGCAGCUGCUUUUAAUGGUCAAUUAGAAUGUUUAAAAUAUGCCCAUGAAAAUGGGUGUCAGUGGAAUAAAAUUACAACACUAUCAGCUGCUUUUAAUGGUGAGUUAGAAUGUUUAAAAUAUGCCCAUGAAAAUGGAUGUCCUUGGGAUGAAAGAACAACAAAAGCAGCAGCAUCUAAUGGUAAGUUUGAAUGUUUAAAAUAUGCCCAUGAAAACGGGUGUCCGUGGAACGAAGAUACGACUGGAAUGGCAGCACAGAAUGGAAAUCUAGAAUGUUUAAUAUAUGCACAUAGAAAUGGAUGUAAAUGGAAUCAUAAUAUCAUGAGAACUGCCACUGUAAUGGGUAAUCUAGGUAUUUUAAGAUAUGCACAUAUGAAUGAAUGCGAGUGGGACAGAGAUACGACUUCAAUGGCUGCUAUACAUGGUUAUAUGGAAAUUUUACAAUAUGCCCUUGAAAAUGGAUGUGUUUGGAAUGAAUUUACAACUAGAGCUGCUGCGGCAAGUGGCUGUUUGGAAUGCUUGAUAUAUGCUCAUGAAAAGAGAUGUUAUUGGAAUACAGAUACGAUAGUUGCAGCUGCUGCGCAUGGUAAUUUAGAUUGCUUGAAAUAUGCUUAUAAUCAUGGAAGUGUUUGGAUUGAGGGUACCACGAGAGCGGCUGCAGCAAAUGGACGUUUAGAUUGUCUAAUGUAUGCUCAUGAAAAUGGUUGUAAGUGGGACGAAGGCACAGCUAGAGAAGCUGCUGCUAGUGGUAAUAUUGAAUGUUUGAUGUAUGCACACAAAAAUGGAUGUAAAUGGGAUAGAGGAACAAAAAGUGCAGCUGCUGCAAAUGGCCAUUUAGACUGCUUAAAAUAUGUUCACGAAAAUGGUUGUGAGUGGGACGAAAGUACAACAAGACUUGCUGCUGCAAAUGGUCAUUUUCAUUGCUUAAAAUAUGCACAUGAAAAUAAUUGUCUAUGGAGUAGAGGUACCAUCCAAGAAGCUACUCAAAAUGGAUAUACUUUUUUAAUCAACUAUGCUGUUGAAAACGGCUGUCCUAAUUAAUUUUUUUUUUU